AUGUCCCUGCUGCGGCGCGCGACGCCCGCGUUCCGCCGCCUGACCACGGGCCCGGUCCCGCCUUCCCCCACCGCGUUGACGCUCAACCUAUCCGCCUUGGGCGCGCAAACGGCCGUGGCACCCUCCCCCGCGGCAGCCACGCUCGAGCCCGUCCCGAACGCCCACCCGGACACGCCGUACGUGGCCCGCUUCAUCUGCCCAGAGUUCACGUCGCUGUGCCCGGUCACGUCGCAGCCGGACUUCGCCCACCUCGUCAUCGACUACGUCCCCGCCGCCUCGCUGCUCGAGUCCAAGAGCCUCAAGCUCUUCCUGACCAGCUUCCGCAACCACGGCGACUUCCACGAGGCCUGCACCGUCUCCAUCGCAAAGAGAAUCGUCGACGCCGUCCACCCCACCUGGCUCCGCAUCGGCGCGUACUGGUACCCCCGCGGCGGCAUCCCCAUCGACGUCUUCUACGCCACGGGCAAGCCCCCCGACGGCCUGUGGAUCCCGGAUCAGUCCGUGCCGCCGUACAGGGGGCGGGGCUAG